GAAUUUUUUUGUCGUGUAUUAAUUAUUAAUUUAUUUAUAGUUAUCUCUUUGGGUGUGCAAAAUGGGGAGCCCCCACAUAAUUUUAAUGUUUAGUGGAAAAAGAAAAUCUGGCAAAGAUUUCAUUUGCGAAAAACUCAAGAUGAUUUUAGAAGAAAAAUGUGCUAUAAUUAGAAUAUCUGCUCCCCUAAAAUGUUCCUAUGCAGAGACUCAUAACUUGGAUAUAAAAGAGCUUAUGAGUGAUGGACCCUACAAAGAAAAAUAUAGACUUGACAUGAUCAAGUGGAGCGAUAAAAUCAGAGAGGAAGAUCCUGGUUAUUUUUGUAAAAAAGCUUGUGAUGAUGCGGAAAUAAAACCUGUUUGGAUUGUAACCGAUAUUCGCAGGAAGAGUGAUAUAAAAUGGUUUAAGGAAACAUAUAAAGAUAAAAUCAAAACAGUACGCAUAUCUGCUGAAUUGGAAACGAGAAAAAAUAGGGGAUGGAUUUUCCAAAACGGAGUUGACGAUGUUGCUUCGGAAUGUGACUUAGACGACUGGGUUAAAUGGAAUUUGGAAGUAAAGAAUGAUAGCGAAGAGGAACUAGAAGAUGCCAUUGAGAAGAUACUCAAUUUUGUUGCGUUUACUUUGUCUUAAUAACUUUAUGGGAAGGAUAGAAAGUAUACGUAGUUUUGGCUGCGGGUAUUUCAAGGGUCUAUAGAAAAAGUAAAAAUCCAGAUACUUUAAAGUGGGAAAGGCUGAAAAACUGGCAUCCACCAAAGAACUUGGUGGUAAAUUUAGUUUCUAUAAUCUUUAAUUAACAUUCCUUUCGGUGUUGAAUGCCAAAGAAUUUUAAUUUAAAAUUGGAAUCUCAGAAAUAUUUUUUUAAUUUAUAGUUACAUUUACAGGUACUGUAUGGUAGAAAAUUUGUACUUUGAGUCGAAUAAGUAUUUUGUUGAAUCGAUUUGAUUGCAUGAUUUCGUGUAAGGUAAAUGGAAUUAUUUCUCAGCUCCUAAUUCGAAUAAAUAAGUUUUGUAUUUUACUAUUA